AUGUUACGAAAUCGGGACGGAUGCAAGUUCAGAGGACAGUUCCCGUACCCGAGGCUGAUCACGGCCAUGGACCAUAAGCAAAAGAAGUUCGUGGCGCACACCAACAUCCAACAAGUGCUGGAGACAGCGUGGCUGGGCGAUUGGAUCGAAUGGAAGUCGUACUCGGCGCCAUGGAAAUUGGCGUACCUGCUAAUGAGGUUCUUCAUGCUGCCGGCUAUGGUGGUGCUGGGCAUGUUGGCGCCCAAUUCCAAGUGGAACCAGGUCAAUCGGUUGCCGAUCAACCGGAUGUUCAACAGUUUGGUGGUGUACUUGGUGUUUCUGGUGUUGCUAUUCAUGCACUCGAACGCCGACAAAUUUAUGGCACGGAGGGGAGUGCAAGAGUUGAGCACGUGGUCUCUGAUCGUUGUGUUUGUGCUCGGCCACGGGGUUGAGAAGAUUAAGCUGCGGAUGCUUCAGGGCCCGGAGCGAUUCUUUAAGAACCUGUGGAACGUAUUCGACACGGUAAAGCUAACGCUGUUCACGCUGGCGUUCCUGUGCUGGGCGGCCGAGAGCGCUCUAGCUGUGGCCGGCUACAUGUCCGAUGACCUGGACCGAAAGUACUGGCACUGGGCUGAACCGCAGCUGGUGGCUGAAGCUCUGUUCGCCAUAGCCACCGUCAUGGCGUACAUGCGACUGCUGUUCCUGUGCCAGCUCAACUACGACAUCGGGCCGAUGCAGGUGUCCCUGGGCAAGGUGCUGUACGACUUUGCAAAGUUCGCUACGUUCCUGGUCAUAAUUAUGGCGGCGUUCACAUGCGGCCUGGGCACUUACUACGCCUAUUACGCGGACAUGGUGCACAAAGAUCAGGAGACAGGCGAGACGGUCCGACAGGAGGACUCGUUCGUCACCGUUGCCGACACGUUCAAAACGCUGUUCUGGGGCAUAUUCUGCAUGACAUCGCUAGACGCGCCCAACGUGGUAGUCGGCAACACUGUGACCGACACCGGUGGCGUGGAUACGGCCACCCAGCCGCAUCACUUCACCCAGCUGGUGGGCUACGGACUAUUCGCCGUGUUCGAGGUGCUCAUGGUCAUCGUCAUGAUGAACAUGCUGGUCGCCGCCAUGUCAGACACGUUCCAGAGGGUGGCUGACAACGCCGAGUAUGAGUGGCUGUUUGGCCGGACCCAGGUGUAUGUUAGCUAUAUGUUGCUGGAUGACAUGCCGCCGCCAUUUAAUCUGUUACCCACCGCCGGCUGGCUGCAGCUCGUCGCCAGGCGGUUCGUCUUCAAGUCGCGGUGGGCCGAUGGCUACAGCCACACGCCGGGCGACAACGGUAAGAGUGGCCACGGCGCAGACGACAGCCGGACGAAGCAGGAUGCCGCCGAGUUCCAGGAGCUAAUGACCGUAAUCAUCAAGCGGUAUUUCACGCACAGAUCACAAGUCGACUGA